AUGGACGCACCUCAAUCAUCCUCGCGCCCGAGACCCUCCUCCAGGCCCACAACCCCUCUACGCCCCAGCUCGCGCUCUUCAUUACGGGAGGCCCACGGAUAUGGAAACAGCAUUGGAAAUGCAGGAUACGCACAACCUGCCAUCAAUGCCUUGGAGCCGCAGUUUGCUGAGCUGGCCGAUUCGAUGGCGGACCUUGAGGCCAACUUCAUGCACUUGCAGCUGAUGCACGAGAGCUUGACGCGCUUCAGUGAGAGUUUUGCCAGUUUUCUCUACGGAUUGAAUAUGAAUGCAUUCUGUGUGGAUUUCCCAGAGGCUCCGAUUCCAGACUCGUUCAAAAAGGCUAAGCAAGAAGAAGAAGAAGAAGAAGAAGAAGAAGAAGAAAAAGGACUACGGACACGACUUUUGUGGAGAAUCCCUCGAGCACUACUCCCUCCUCUAGACCGACAUCCAAGUAUGCUGCAGGCUCACGAGUAUCGUCGCGUGGCACUGCCCGUGGUGCAGCAACAAGCCGGUAUACUACACGAGGCACUACGCGCGGCACUCGUCCUAGCGCACUGCCUCGGGGCAGAGGGACUGGGACUCGGUGAGGCGGACCUCGGGAUAUCUGAGUGCUUAGAAUGGCCUAAUUAUGGACAAUCAGUUUAUGCUACAUGUUCUACUAUUGGCAUUCAAGAGCUGGACCUUUACCUAUAG